CAACGAAACAACCUCGGAUGCAAUCGAAAAACAGUCGUCUUUCUUCUCUAACCUUUACAACCCCCCACUACAGCAUCAUGGAAGCGUAUGCGAGCAGUCUGAAACGUUCAAUGCCCUUCAACAACCUCAUCGCCAUGAGCGACGCCGGCGGCAGCAAGAACAGCGGUCGAUGGUUCGAAGACGACGCCGUCGUCCGCACGGGACGAAAGGAGCACAAGCGACAACGCCUGGUCUCUCUUUACGACGACGGUGGCAGUGAUGGGGGCACCAAACACUGUGACGCUCCUGCUACUGCAGCGCUGGAAGCAGCACUUGCUGACGAGAAUGACUUCGAAUUCUCGUUUCCACAUGUCGUCGAAUCAUCGGUGUUUUUCUCACCAAAUAAUUGCGAGCUUGAUUUGCUCAGAGAUUUUCACCAGAAGAUGGCAUAUAAGGGCAAGCCGAUGAUGUCCAAAAGUCCCAAUUCUGUCACCGAUGUCAGUUGCAUGCUGACUCGUUUGACGACUUCUGCGUAAAUUGGACUCUGCUCGAAGCCUUGGAGCGCUCGUUCCUUUCCUGCAAAGUCGUGUCAAUACCUUCAUUGGAAGACAGGUACGAAGUUAGUUCCGAAUUACUUCCUGCCCAUAUUGCACAUAUCCAAAAGCAAGCGGUAAAUCGAUUCGCACAUAUUGCUACAGCCAUUCGAAAGAUUUGUCUUGGCCAUUUUUCAUACCUCUAUAAAACCUUGUUCGAAUAUAAGCAGCAAAUUUUAAUCUA